AUGUACCUAUGUGUCAAACUCAAUGCUGAUUUAUCUGCUUACUUGGUUCGCGACAAAUUCACUCGAUUCUGUCAGUGGAAAAACCUCGAGUUGAACAUGCAACUUACCAUGAACGACUUUUCUGUACAUCGAAUCAUUGGUCGUGGAGGUUUUGGUGAAGUGUACGGGUGCCGAAAGGCGGAUACUGGAAAGAUGUAUGCUAUGAAAUGUUUGGACAAGAAGAGGAUCAAAAUGAAACAAGGCGAAACAUUAGCUCUCAACGAACGCAUCAUGCUCAGCCUCGUCUCCACAGGG